CUAUAUAUUAUAACCCACAAAAUUUGAUAGAAAUAUUAAAGGCCUCUUUGCUUUGAAGAUUGAUCAUCAUUGAUAAGAUGGAUUGUGGUGGUAGUGAUGAAAAUAAUCAACAAAGAGGUGGGCCUUGUGGAGCUUGCAAGUUCUUGAGAAGGAAGUGUGUGAAGGGAUGCAUAUUUGCACCAUACUUUGACUCAGAGCAAGGAACUUCACACUUUGCUGCGGUGCAUAAGGUUUUUGGUGCAAGCAAUGCAUCUAAGCUUCUCAUGAGGAUCCCUCCACAUAAGAGGCUUGAUGCUGUUCUCACUCUUUCUUAUGAGGCUCUUUCUAGGGUUAGAGACCCUGUUUAUGGUUGUGUUGCUCAUAUCUUUGCUCUUCAACAACAGGUUGUGAACUUGCAAGCAGAAUUAACAUAUGUUCAGGCCCGUCUUGCUACAAUGCAUCGCAUCCCUAUAGCUGCUGCUGCUGCUUCACCACCAACUCUUCAUUCAUCAUCAUCCUUAGAUCACUUGGCAUCAUCAAAUGCUGACUUGCAAAAUGCCUCUAACAAUAUGGGCAUGAACUUUAAUCCUCCUCCUCAGCCACCACCACACUCAACACCAUUAGAAUCAAGUAUCUUCAUCAACUCAUCAGAUGAACCACCACCACCACUACUACUUGAGGAUGGGGAUCUUCAAACUUUGGCAAGAGAAUUUGUCACUAGGUACUUGCCCGGAGUAAGAUUCCAGCCAUCUAAUAAUUCUCACUAAGAUGACAAUGCUUUUGUUUCUAUCAAUGUCUAAGGGAAUUACAACUUGGCUUGAUUUGGUGGUUGCUAAUACUACUAUGGUUAGAGAUGUACUGGUGCAAGAGACGAAUACUUUCUAACAUGAAGGAUUAUGUUUAUGUAAUUACAAGAUUGGUGGCUUCACACCUUUUUAUUUGUCUAAGUAAUUUGCUGCUUCUUUAGCUCUUGGUAAUUUAGAUUUGCUUACUAUGGAAAAAGAAUUUCUACAUACUUCAAUAGAAUGCCUAUGACCAAUGAUUCACCAAGUAAUUUCUUACAUGUCACUAAGCUACUAGCUUAGUUAAACCAUGUUACCACAUUUGAUCAUUAUUUGCAGCACCAAUUGAUUCAGAUUUUUUUAUGGUCCCUGAUCCAAUUUAAGUAAUGUAAACACCUGUUGGGAAACCUAGUAAAAAGUUAAACUAACACCUUUGUUUAUUGAGUUUAUGGCCGAUCACAAUCAUGUUAUUUUCAACUAGGAUAAGUGUAAUUUUCCAUCUUGGGAAUACAUUUCUCUAUCUCAACUAGAACAAUCUACUAGAAAAGAAAAUCAGCUACAUCAAGCUCGGAGAGGAUGGCUUUUUUAGUCUUCUUA